UGUUACCAUGCAAUGGUGGAGUGUGUCAUUUCAUCAUUUUAAAAGGUUAUUCGAAGUUUUUUAUCAGUAAGCUGAUAACGUUUGGAUACACAUGGAUUCAUACACAACAGAAAAAACAUUCACGUUGGAAGUCUGUGGUGUUGAUUUGUCUCCGAAAUCAGAAAUAAAGCAUCACCCGAUAAGACAUACAGAAGAGGAGACUUACACGUGUGAGAUUUGUGAUGCUGUUUUUUCACAAAAAAGUAAUUUACUUACCCAUAUGGUAACACACACAAUACAGAAGCCCUACAAGUGUGAGAUAUGUGAUGCUACUUUUGCACGGAAGUGGAGUUUAAAAGUACAUAUAAAAAUCCACACAGGAGAAAAGCCAUACAAGUGUGUGAUUUGUGAUGCUGCUUUUUGUCAGAAAAAGGAUUUACAAAUACAUAUAAGAAAACACACAGGAGAGAAACCUUACGAAUGUGGGUUUUGUGAAGCUGCUUUCUCUCAUCGAACUACUUUACUUCAACAUAUAAGAAUACAUAAAGGAGAGAAGCCAUACAAGUGUGCGAUAUGUGAUGCUGCUUUCACCCAGAAGAGUGGGUUACAUUCACAUUUAAGAAAACAUACAGGAGAGAAGCCAUACAAGUGUGAGAUAUGUGAUGCUGCUUUCUCUAUGAAGAAUAGUUUACAAAGACAUAUAAGAAUACACACUGGAGAAAAGCCAUAUGAAUGUGGUAUAUGUGAAGCUGCUUUCUCUCAUCGAACUACUUUACUUGAACAUAUUAGAAUACACAAAGGAGAGAAGCCAUACAAGUGUGAGAUAUGUGAUGCUGCUUUCUCACAGAAAAAUGGGUUACAUUCACAUUUAAGAAUACACACUGGAGAGAAGCCAUACAAAUGUGAGUUUUGUGAUGCUGCUUUCACCAAUAAGAGUGGGUUACAGCCACAUGUAAGAAAGCACACAGGCGAGAAGCCAUACAAGUGUGAGAUAUGUAAUGCUGCUUUUUCCCAGAACAAUGGGUUACAGGUACAUAUAAAAAAACACAUAGGAGAGAAGCCAUAUAAGUGUGGGAUAUGUGAUGCUGCUUUCCCACAUAAAAGUGGGUUACAGGUACAUAUAAGAAAACACACAGGAGAGAAGCCAUACAAAUGUGAGAAAUGUGAUGCUGCUUUCAUCCAUAAGAGUGGGUUACAGGUACAUAUAAGAAAACACACAGGAGAGAAGCCAUACAAGUGUGAGGUAUGUGAUGCUGACUUUUCUCGGAAAAAUCAGUUACAAACACAUAUGGUAUUACACACAAGAAGCCAUACAAGUACUACCAAAUGCGAUACAGAUGAUUUUAUGCUAAGCAUGUAAGGUCUUAGGGACUAAAUGCAUACAUGUCCGAAGAAGAUUUGGAUAUACAUGUCUUGAUGAUACCACUCAUGCAACUGAUGAAAAUUACACACGAUAAUGCAUACAGAGGGGAAGCCAUGCAUGUUUGAAUCUGUUUUACAGGAACAUAUACAUUUAAGAUGCCUCAUACAUGUGUGACCUAUGUGAUGUUGCUUCUUCAGAGAAAAUUUGUUUACGGAAACAUUGAGAAUACACACAGUAGAUAUUAUAUUUCAGUGUAAAAGAUGUUGUGAUGAUUUCUCCUAAGUAAACUACGACGUCAUAUCGAACGUCUCUCUGAAACGCUAACACAUUUAUAUAUGUAUAUAAGAGACACAUGUGAAGCGGCAAUUUACUCAAUCCUACCCAGGGCAUAUGCGUCAUAUAAGAGGUCUCUCAGAGAUAAAUAUAUCAGAGAUCUGAUAUAUUUGUGUGAUUCAUAAUAUUGUUAUUCAUGUUUAUUCCUAACUGUAACUGUGGUUAUUUUAUAUGUUUUAUCCUUUCUUACUUACAUAUAUAUGCGUCUUAAAAUACUUAGAUAUAUUACAAUGUUUAAGCAGUUUUAAUUGACCCAAGCAUUACAUGCGUUACCAUUGCUAAACAAUGCGCUGAUUAUUGAAUUUGCCCAAACAAUUUUACAUCUAGUGAUACAAUGUAUCUACAUGUAUAUUGAAAUAUAUGUGUUUGCUGGUUUUACUUGUGUUAUAUAUAAUAUUGUAUUCCAAAUGAAAUCCAAACUGUAACUACGGUUCUUUUAUAUGUUUUAUCGUUUCUAAUAAUAAAUCGUAUUUAGUAGUUUCGUGUAAAUUGCAUUUUAAACCUUUCGUUGUAAAUUGCGCGAACUACAUGUACAUAUAGAUUCAUGCAUUUGACACUUUAUGUAAUAAAAUAUUUUUGAUAUAUCCA